AUGGGAGCCUCGAUAUUACCGCAGAAGCGGCUGCUUGCCGGCCCGAAACAGAGCGGAUGGUUUUCCGUUUCUGACGCGUCCGGAGCGACUCUGUCCUUCUCGGGAGCGUCUGCUCGGAGCGACUCAGCUUUUUCCAGUCGCAGCCGCAACGGCGGCGUUAACGGGACGGCUAACGGAACGCAUAGCGGAGUGCAUUCGGGGGAUCUCGCAGCAGCGGCGACGGCGUUAGGUUUACAGCCGGUGGUUCUUUCGUGCAGCCGCAGCGCCGCCGAGCGAGCGAAUCGCCUGGCAUUCCAGACGAGUGCUUCCGAUAGAGGGUCUGAUUCGUUCAAAGAACCCGACUCGUUAAAAGGACCCGACUCGUUUCGCUGUAGCGUUCGUCCUGGUGAGGAGUCCUCCAGCCUUCAGAGCAUCCGUCAAGAUUCGACGGUGAAGGAUGCACCGCCGAGUCUGGGGUUCUCUAGUCGCUUGCUCUCGCCUUCUCGCCACCGGCAGCGGUCGCAGAGAAAGCAUGGCGAGGCGGUAGCGCAGGCAGGAGGUAGAGACGUGAGCAUCGGAGACGCGUCGAAGAGCGACGACGGACGGAAGGACGCGCGCAGUCGCAGCCCGCAUGUUCAUGGCAGGGUGUCGCACAAGGAGUCGGAUAAAGUUUCGCAGGAGUCGUACAAGGAUUUGCACGGGCAUUCGCACAGGGAGUCUCAUGUCACGCAUCAGGAGCGAGAAUUGCAGGGCGCGGAGUUAGUAGAGAGUACAAAGCCGCAUUCUGACGUUAACCGUUGUGAGUCAGAGCAGCGAAAGGCGAUAGACGGGGAUAACUCGUUUCCGCGAGGGCAGCGAUUCCAGCAGCAGCAAUGUGACGGGCGAUUACCCGCAGAGGACGCAGGGACAGGGGACACGGGUAUGGGGACUGGUGAAGGUGCCAAGGGCGAGCGUGGGAGUUGUCUGUCGUUAUCUGUUGCAGAUCUGAAGGCCAAAGCAAGCCAGGGGAAGACUCGAGGUUAUCAGGCUUCUGGAGCCUCGUCUGAGCAGCAGUUGAUUGGUAACGCAGGGACAGCAGCAGAGCGGAUAUCCUUUCACAGCAGCUUAUUACCUGACCCCACGGCGGCAGAAAACUCUCCAGCGGCAGCAGUGGUUCACGAGCUAGUCUUCAAAGCGAAAUCAAUCACACCAUCAGAUCAAUUACUCGCCGAUAACGACAUUUCCAGGCGAACAGGGUUACCACUGGUCAGUCAUGCGCUGAUGGACUGCGGGAAUUUUCUCUACCCUCCGUUCAAGAAGGCUCGAGCCACCAGGGAACCCAAGUUUCGCAAGCCCAACGUGAGCCGACUACAAGGCCUGGCCGAACCUCCGUGCUGCACAGGCUCGGAACCGAACCUGUCGUUGAGCCUGUCCUUGCAAGACCGCAAUACCGAGCGUGAAUCGCCACCCGCCCCGCUGUCUGUGACCACGCCUCGCGCUGAUAAGCACAAUGGCUUAUCAGGGGAGAGUCAGCCCGCCCGUCCCAGCACGCCAGUUCCCCCCGCUACUCCGUCCUUCUCGCUUCUGGAAGGCCCUCUGUCGUUUUCCCCGAUCACGCCGGAGGGGGAACUCUCGCUUGACGAUUCCGCGACUGCCGCCCGCCUUCGAGCCGUCUCAGCCGCUCGGGCAGCCGUAGAAGCACGCGCAUUCGCCGUCAGAAAAGCGCGAGCGGCUUUACGGGCAGCUGCGAAGGCGAAGGAGGCGGUAGCGGCGGUGGUUGACGCGGAGAAGCACGAACGGGCAGCAGGAGAGGAAGCGAGCCAUAGCUGCCCAGUCAACGGUGUAAAUGGGUAUCUGGGGGCUGAUGCUGUGGGGACGGGCGAUUUAGUGGCGGGAGGGGAGCUGGACGGUACAGACGUGUCCAGGAACGGUGCAGUGCGGUUUUCUUCGAGGUGGCGGCAGGCCUUGUCGGAGCUAGAGGCGCGCUGUGAAUGGCUUCUAACGCGUACAGGAGCAGCAGCUGCUGAUAGCGAGACAGGCGGGAGAGCCGUGACGGCAGGUGCAAAGCCCGAGGAGUGCGAGCAAGGGGAAGAGCGGGGAGUUGGUGAGACUGCUACGGGUUUCAGGGGGAGAGGCGAGAGUGGGGGGAGUGGUGGCUCUGAGAUUCCGCUCGGGCUCAAUCCGUCUGCAGGAAAGAGCGGGGGCUUUGAGAUUCCGCAGGGCGCUCAUAACACGCUGGACCUCCACCUGAGUAGACCUGACGUCGCUGAUUCUGCCCUAGCGCUGGCAGUCAAGGAAGAGGAGACGACCCGUGGGGAGAAGGAAAGGGGGUUGGCUUCACGAGAACGGUGCUUGGCGUGGGGUGAUGAGACGGCAGAGGGGAACGAGGCGGGGGUGCAAAGCGGCGAGGUACGGCGGUGUGUGUCCGUGGACCUGGUGAUGGGCCUGGGCCGCUCGUCUCAGGGGCAAGACGGCAGUGACGGGUGUUACGUGGGUGGUGCUGAUGGGAGAGAGGGAGCCGGGCAGGCUGCAAGAGAGAAAGGAAGGGUAGAGAGACGGAAGGGGCGGCGGGAAGCGGAGGAAGAGGAAGAGGAGCAGGAGGAGGAGGAGCAGGAAGAGGAGGAGGGAGCGGUUGAGAUGGAGGAGCUGCAUCUGCCGCCUGUUUCGCGGGAGAGUGAAGAGUACAAGCAGCCACGACCGCCGCCGCUGCCAUUUGGUGCAGCGCACUGCAAGCUCGGUGACGCCGAGCACCGCAAGCCGGGUGAGGGUGAACGUGAACAUGGCAAGCAGUGGCAUUCCAAGGCUGGGAGUGGCAGCAGCCAGGGGCGCAGCCGCGGAUUCAGCCCGCGUGACCGCCCAGAUGGGCUGGCAGGCGCGGCGGUGGCUGUUGAGUCGACUCAAGCUUCAGAUGCGAGGGUUUCAAUCAAGGCGGGUUGCGAGAGGCGAGGGCAGCACGGGUGUGGCGACUUGGGGGAGCAGCGCGAGGGUUACGCGUCAGCAGCAGCGUGCAGUGGGGACGAGACGCGACAGCUGAUGCCCCGCCACGGGGGCUUCUGCAAUGCUGCCGCUAACAGCGGUUUUCCGUCCGCAGAUGGCAAUGCUGCUUCAGCAGGUGGCAAUGCUGUGUCAGCAGGUGGCAAUGCUGUGUCAGCUAAUACCGCAGAUGUAUCGAGCAUUCAUGCAGGAGCCAGCGUCCCCGCGACGGCUUGCAACCACCAUGCCACUGCGUGCUGUUCUGACCCGGGUGUGGUUGGGGACGGUGAUGAGGAGAAGAGCGUGCGAGAAGUGAGGCAGGAGGGCGGUCAGGCGUGUGGCGAGGGGUCGGCAGCAACGGGUGGGGAGAGGGAUGCUGAGAAAUGCGCAGGACGGAAUGGUGGUGGUGGUGGUGGUGCUGUCAUUGUCACUGAUGCUGGUGAUGCAGGUGGUGGGAGGAAGGCACAGGCGACCGAGUUUUGUGGGGAUGAGGGUGGACAGGGCGUUGGAGGGCACAACAUCGGGAUCGUGGGCGUGGGGCGACGCACAGGGGCAGUGGCCUGUGCAUCAGCGGGUGCGGCCGGAGCUGCUGCUGCCGCCGCUGUUGCUGCUGCUGCUGCUGCUGCCCCGCCUGCUGCCGCUGUCGCCCCUGCAGCUGCUGCUGUUGCCCCUUCUGCUGCUGCUGCGUCGCCAGGCAGUGCGGCAGCAGCGGGCGCGGGCACUCCGCGACAGCGCUGCCCGUCAGACGACGAGAGGCUGGCGCGGCAGCUGCACCGCGCCUUCAACAGCUCCCCGCGCAUCCUCGCCGUCCUCGCGCCCACGCCCAAACGCUCCCGCAACCCCCGCCACCCCGCUGCGCCCGCUGCCGCGCCCGCUGCUGCGCCUGCUUCUGCGCCUGCUGUGGCUAAUCCUGCGCCUGUUGCUCUUGGGGUGUCUGGGAAGACAGGACGGGGGAGUGCGGGGGAGGCGAAGGGGAGAGGAGAGGCUGCGGGGAAAGCAGAGGUAUGGGGGAAGGUGGCAGUAAGGAGAGAUGGGGCGGCGAAGGUAGGAGAGGGCAGCGAUAAGGAUGGGAAGGCUGCUGGAAAUGUGGAUAGGGCCCAAGUGAAGGAGGACCGUGAGGCCCCCCUCCCGCCCUGCGCCACUCCCCCUGCCGCUCCACCCUGCGCCACUCCCCCUGCCGCUCCGCCCUGCGCCACUCCCCCUGCCUCUCCGCCCUGCCCCACUCCCCCUGUCGGCCCCUCUUGCACCAAACCCCGCCCCAUUUCCCUCGCCUUCCUUGAUGUAGCCCACUUACCCCGCGCAGGUGACGUCAGCCCUAAGAAAGAUCUCUGUCCCAAGUUGGCUGUUGCUGAGACUGAGGCAGGCAGAGGGGCGGCAAAACAGGAGAAUGGGGAGAAGGCUGGAGCGGGCCGCGGGCAGACGAACGGGCAGAUGGACGGGCAGGCUGGCGGGCGGGUAGAUGGGCAGGCGAUUAGGGUUUCGGAUGUGACCCCGGGGGAUGGUGGGACGGGAGGUGGUGGGAGUGGGGGGUUAGGAUUGAAUGGUCGGGGCGCGGAAGAGGGCCGUGUGCGGAAGCGAGGGGGUGAGGGGGGAGGAGGGUCAGGGGGAGGUGGCGCAGGGGGAUGGGGGGGUGGCGGAAGCUGUGGAGGGGGUAAGGCGGGUAGUAAUGGGAGGGGAGGGGCAGCAGGCGGAGGGGGUGGGGGUGGGAAUGGGGCGGGGGGCGGUGCAGGGGGGGGCACUGGUGGUGCCGGGGAUGGCGGAAGAGAGGGCGGCGGAGGGGGAGGGGGAGGGAGUGGAGGGAGGGCGGGGGAUGUUGCUAGUGAGGAGGAAGAGGAGGAGGACAGAGGGCGGAAGGGAGGGAGGAAGGCGGGCAACGGCAAGAGGUGUGAGAGGAGAGGCAGCACCAGAGAGACUAGUGGGAAUGGGAGGAAUGGGAAUGUUGGCAGCAGCAGCAGCGAUGAUAGCUUGAGUAACCGUGAGGAGGACGAGGGGGAGGAAGAUGAGGAGGAGGAGGAGGAUGAUGGAGAAAUGGACGGUUCAGAUGAUGAGAGCAGCCCCAGGCGCAGCAGCAUCGCCAGCAGUCGCGACGGCAGCAGCAAUGGCAGCAGCGGGAGCAGCGACAGGGAAGGGGAGGAGGAGGAAGAGGAGGGAGAGGAUGAGGAGGAAGACGAGGAGGAAGAGGAAGAGGAGGAAGAUGAGGAGGAGGAGGAGAAAAAAGGUGUGGAGCAGAAGGCGCAGAGGAAGCAGCGAAGGAGCUUGAGCGGGGCUCGAAGUGCGCAGGGUGGCAGGCGAGGCUCGUGGGGGCGGUGGGACGAGAACGGCGGGAAGGGCAGCCGCGACAAAGGCAGCGGAGGUUCGGCCCCUAGCGGCAGGGGGGAAAGGGAGAGGGAGAGGGAGAGAGAAAGGGAGAAGGAGACGGAGCGGGAGGGGAGUCCGGACGUGGGGGGUGGGGGGGCGUGGGCGAGUGAGGCGGGUCAGGAGGGUGGCGGAGCCAAAGCAGGUUUGCGAGUGAACCACCACAGGGGCAGCGGCCGGGCGUCAGAGGGGGCGAUUUUGGGCGGAGACACGUCUCCCGUCAUUCCCGUACCUUCGAAAGAAGCUCGGCAGCCGCGUUCGCAGCUGGUUUGUCACCCGAGGCGGUUCCCGAAGCUGGCUUUAGCGGGGAUAGUGGAAGGCGAGGGUGGUGAGGAGGGUAAGGAGGGGAAGGGCGAGGGGAAGGUGAAGGAAAGCGGAUGGGAGAAGGUGAAGGGGUUGGUGAGGGAGAAGGAAGGGGAGAAGCGAGAUAAGAGGCGGAAUGGGUUGGGGGAGGAGUAUGGAGGGGAGAGGAUCAAAAGGGCUUGGGAGAAAGAGAAAGAGGGGGUGAGGAUGAGUGAGGUCGAGGGUUUUAUACAGAAGCAGAGGGACAAGGGUGGCGGGAUGGAGAAGCAGAAGAAGCGGGAGAAGGAGAAAUCAAGAGAACGAAGCGUUGCAGAGGAGUGGGGAGUGGUGGCUGACAGAAUGAGUGAGUGGGGGGCGGGGAAAAGCAAGGGGAAGGCAGAACCGGUGGGGAGCGGCGAGUGGGAGAAGGAGCGGGAGAGAGGCGCCAAGGCUGGGUUUGCGGAGAGGGAGGCAGAGAGCAGAGCGAAGCUUAAAGAAGGGAAGGAUGCGAGUGGGGGCAUGGCGUGGGGAAGGGCAAGCGAGAGAGGGAGGGAUCACUUGGGAGACUUGGGGAGGAGUAAGGGAAGAGAAAGCGGCAAGGAGGGAGGGUUGGGGGACGAGAGGGAGAAAGGUCGGGCGGUUUCGGAGAGGCCAGAGGGUGAUGAGCGAUACGAAGCGGUUGAGAGAGUCAAGGACAAAGAGAACAUCCGAGGACGACUCAAGGAUGUGGGGGAUAUUGAGAGGGCGGAGAAGAGCAAGCAGGAGGAGCGGAAGAGUGAGAAGGGAAGGGGCAAGGGGCGGGAUAACCACGUGUUAGUAAGGAGCGGAGAGGGUGGAGAGGCAUGGAUGGUCGAGCCGAAGAGAAAAGACAAGUCUGAGGGCUUUGUGGGUGGGAAGCAGCAGCGGGACGGGGUAGGGCCACAUUCGCUAGUGUCACACUCGUUAGUGCCUUCGUUACUGGCUCGUGCUACUGUAGCUCCGCAGGUGGAGGGGAAGCGAUGGCGGAAGAAGGGUAUUGUGGCGGGCCGGGCGCGGAGUGCUGUAGAGCAGGACACUAUAGAGGAUGUGCUCUUAGAGGAUCUUAGGGAUCGUGACACUAAGGAGGGGAUCAGGAAGGAGAAUGCUGCGAAAGGUGCUGAAGGAAAGGAGAAAGGGAAGGUGAAGGGCAAGGGAGAGAAGGAGAAGGAGGAGAGGGAAAGAGAGAGGGAGAGGGAGAGGGAUGCGGAGAGGGGUGUGGUCAAGGGUGUUGGGGAGACUGAUGUGCCUCUCAGCGUGCCUCCCAGUGGUAAUGGUGGCUUGACGGCAAGCUGUAAGCGCAAGCGCAGUGCGGAGAGAAGUUUCUCGGAUGGUUCUGCUGCGGUGCGUGCGGUAUCCUGUCACGCUGGUGGUAACCAUGUGCCGGCUAGUAACGUUGCUCACCCUGGUAACCACAGGCACGGUGGUAACAACGUUCAUGCUGCUGGUAACCACAUGCACGCAGGUAUUCCCGCUCAGGCUAGUAACCAUCCACACGCCUGUAACCACACUGACGCCGCUGGGGCAGAUUUCGCAGUACCAGGAGCAGCAGCAGCAGGUGGGGCUUCGAUGGGAGGAGCAGCAGUGGCAGGAGGGGUGACGGGAGGAGGAGAGCCAAUGGGGGGCGUGGAGCGGAUGGGAAGAGCACCAGUCGUACCCAGGGCGAGAAGCGCAGACGCGUUUACAGCACAGAGGAACGCGGACAGAACAGCAGGGCAUAGGAGCGCGGAUGAAAGUGGGGGCCGCAGGAGUGGGGACGGAUUUGGGGGACCCAUGUCACCGCCUAGGGUCAGAGUGAAGAAAGCAGAGAGUGGCAGUGGUGGGGGCGAGAGGGAGGCGUUUCGUGCGUGCACGAGUCCCACAGGGCGAGGUGUGGCGCCCAGCAGCACUGCGUCGUCGUGGGGCGAAGGUGAGGCUGCGUGGGUGCUUGAUGCGUGGCUGGUGCUCGGUGCUUGGCUCUGCAAUGGUCCGUAUGGGACAAGCAAACAACCUCCCACCGUCUCGCUUCGUCUCCGUUAUUUCCAUGCGAGCAACCGCCUUUGCAUCGUGCUGUCUGCUGUCUCACCUGCUACUGCACUCCAAAGUCUCACCCCUUCCCUCCCGUCCGCCUGUUCCUGCUGCCCUGCCCCCGUGCCCACAUCCCCUCCCGCUGCUGCUUCUCUCCCCGUGUGCCAACCGCCGACUGCUGCCCCUCUUUCCCCUCCAGGACAUGCGACCAUUAACCACGACGCUCACCACUCUCUUGCCACUGCUCCGCGGCCUUCCACCCACUGCUCUGUUCCUCUGCCUGCGGAUCCUUCCCCGCAUGCCACUGCUGCGGAAGCAGCAGCCCUAGCUCUAGACAUGUUUGCCGCUGCCGCUGCUGCUGCGGAGGCGGGUGGGCAGGCAAGCAAGGAGGAGGAGGACGAGGGAGGAGGAGAGGGAAGUGACAGCGGUGGCAGCAGCAGCAGCCGCAGCGGCAGCAGGAGACACAGGAAGAAGCAGCGUUGGGGGAAAGAAGGGAGGAGGGAUGGGAGAGAGACGGGUGGGCCUGUGGUGGAAUCUACACCGUUGGAUCGGCUCGCGUUACUCUCAGAUGCACAGCCACGUGUCCAUGAGGAUUCGCUAGGGCGGCAGAGAGCAGCGUGGGUGGAGGCCAGAGAGGAGGGGCGGAGUGGCGCUGGGGAUGGCACGGGCACGGCACUGGUUCAGCUAAGUGCGGGUGUUGCUCAGUUGAGUGCUGGCGGGGAAGCUAGUUCCCAUGCUGCUUGGAGCUCAGGUGUUGGCGUUGCGGGUGGUAAUGCAAUACAAGUAGAAGAGGAAGGACGAGGAGCAACAAGAGAAGGAGCAGGAGCAGUAGGAGGAGGAGGAGGAGGAGGAGGAGGAGCAGGAGCAGGAAUAGGAGGAGAGGUUGUGAACGAGGAGCGUAGAAGUGACGAAGACAAUUGUCUGUCUGGGCUAGACCUCAUAGCAGCAGAGGCAGCGGAGGUGCUUGCAGUGAGGCUGCUUGUAUCGGGUAUGCAGCCCGAGCGGGCGGCAAGCCCGUCUUUAGCGGCGCUAGUAGAAGCAGCGAUGCUGCCUUGUAGGGGGGACAGCAGGGCAGGAGACAGGGAGACUAGCGGGAGGGAGGAUUUAGAAAGGGAGGAUAUAGGGUUGGCGCAUAUAGGUAGGGUGGAUACAGCAGAAGGUGUGGGUGGGGGGUGUGGCACGAGUCAGGGCGCAAUGCAGCAUGAGGAGAGGCCGAGGGGUGAGGUGGGGCGAGCAGUGGGGUGGGAUAUGGAGAAGGCUGCUGGGCUGGGGCAGGCGGAGUGGGAUUCAGAGACAGCGGGCACAGAGAGGCAUGCAGGGGCGGUGCAGGAGUUGGGGGAGAGAGGGGUUGGGGUUUUGGAGACAGGGGUUGGUUGGCAUGGAUUGCAGGUGCGGUUCGAAGGAGGGUCAAAUGGAAGGUUGCAAGGGGAAGGGUUACAGCAAGGGCGGUUACAACAGGAAGAGUUACAACCAGAAGGGUUGCAACAGGAAGGGUUACAAGGGGAAGGGUUGCAAAAGGAAGGGCCAGCACAAGGGAAGGCGUUGCAGGAGGCGUUGCAGGAGGCGUGGAGGCCGAAGCCGAGGAUAGUGGACUUGAACGAGCCGUGGCGAGAGGAGGACGAGGAGGAGGCUGAGGUGGUGGUGGGAGAGGCGGUGGAGAGUGCAGCAACGGACCGAACUUCCCCCCCGCAUGCAGCAGUGCUCCCAGCAGCGGUAGCUACAGCUGUUACAGCGGCUAAAGCUGUUGCAGCUGCCACGGUUGCUACAGCCCCGGUGCCUCACGGGGCACCAUUGCUGCCAGCAGCAGCGGCUCUUGCGCCUGCAGCAGCCAGCGCACGUGCUGCGGAGCUAGAGGCCGCUCACCCACGCCCAGCAGCCGCCACAGCGCCUGCUGACAGCCCACGUGCUGGGGAAUCUGAGCCUUCGCCCCCACAGCCAACAGCCGUCACGGUGGUGCCUGCAGCUGGUGCAGGCUGUGAGGCGGCUUCGAGUGCUCCUCCCGCGUCACUGGCAGCAGCCGCGGUAGCAGCACCACUUGCUGAGCGAAGUGAGGUGAAGGCAGAGAUUGGAGAGAUGGGGGCGAUAGGGGCCAAGGGAGCGCAGGGGGGGAAUGAGACGGAGGAGGAGGAGGUGAAGGAGGGGAAGGGAGGUGCAGGUGAGAGGGUAGUGGUUGAGCAGGAGGGUGGGGCGAAGGCCGACGUGGUUAAAUGGGAGGAAGGAACGGCCAAGUCGGAGAGUGGGAUGAUUAGGGAUGGGAGGAUGGGAGAGGGGAGGAUGGGAAAGGAAAGGAUGAAAGAGGAGGCAGUGGAGGAGGAGGCGAGGGGUGAGAGUGGAGAGGGAGCGGUGAGAGAAGAGGGGAUGGUGAGGGAGGGUGGUAUAGCGAGAGAAGAGGGUAUGGAGAGGGAGGAGGGCUUGACUUGGAGGCAGCUUCGGCUCCAGGUUCGGCUGCAUCGGCUCUAG